AUGCCAGUGACGCCAACCAUGGAGAUCGACCUGCACGACGUGCGCGCGGCGCGCGUGCUGGGCCGCGGCGCCAUGGGCACGGUCUUCCUCGCCAUGGACGGCGCCGACGGGGAGGCCUACGCGCUCAAGGUCUUCGACAAGCGCUGCUCCCCUGCGGCGGCGUCGAGGCCGGCCGCGGGCGCCGACGCGGCGCGGCGCGCGCGGUGGGAGGUGUCCGUGCUGUCCAGGCUCGCGCACCCGCACCUGCCGUCCCUGCUCGGGUGCGCCGAGACGCCCGACCUGCUGGCGUGGGCGCUGCCCUACUGCCCCGGCGGGGACCUCAACGAGCUCCGCCACGCGCAGCCCGACCGCGUGUUCUCGCCCGCGGCCAUCCGGUUCUACGUUGCCGAGGUGGUCUCCGCGCUCGCCGUGCUCCACGCCGCCGGGAUCGCGUACCGCGACCUCAAGCCCGAGAACGUGCUCCUCCGCGCCGACGGCCACGUCAUGCUGACCGACUUUGACCUCUCACGGCAGCUCCCGCCCAGGUCCCCCUCCGCGUCCACGUCCACGUCCACCUCGUCGUCGUGCUCGGCGACAUCGUCGCCGCCGCCGCCGCCUCAGGCCCAGAGUCACGGACGGAGCCAGUACCACCACGUGAAGAACAUCUUCAAGAGGAGCGAGUCCGCGGUGACCGCGUCUACUUCCGGACAGGAGGAACCGCGCAACCUCGCCUGGUACCUGGACAGAAGCAUCGACGGCGGCGUCGACCAGAUCAAGAAGGCGAAAUCGGCCAGGGUGUCGCCGAUGGACCGCGGCAAGAAGCUCUCGAGCUUCUGCUCCGCCGCAGCAGGGGAGCGGUCGUUCUCGUUCGUGGGCACGGAGGAGUACGUGGCGCCGGAGGUGGUGCGCGGCGACGGGCACGAGUUCGCAGUCGACUGGUGGGCGCUCGGGGUGCUCGUCUACGAGAUGUGCCACGGGCGGACGCCGUUCCGGGGCCGGAACCGGAAGGAGACGUUCCGGAACGUGCUGCUCCGGGAGCCAGAGUUCACGGCGGACGCGCGGCGGCGGUGGCCGGAGCUGACGGACCUCAUCUUGCGCCUGCUGGAGAAGGAUCCUGCGCGGAGGCUGGGUUUCGCCGGCGGCGCCGACGAGGUCCGAGCGCACCCGUUCUUCGCCGGGGUGGCGUGGGACCUGCUCGGGGAGGUGUCCCGGCCGCCCUACAUCCCUGCGCCGGCCGAUGACAUUGUCUCCUGCGAUGGGUUCAGCGUGGUGGAGUACUUCGAUAAGCUUCACCAGCCUCCGCGGUCGCCGGCGGAGCACUCGCCCGAGGAAGACCUCAUGCCGGAGUUCUGA